CGGGUUAGGGUGCGCGAGGUUGGGUGGUGGUUCCCGGGGCCCGGCGGCUGAGCUCCAGCGGGUGAGGCAGGCGGGCGGUCCGGAGUCAUCGCUCGGCCAGGCCCAGCGGCCCCGGCCAUGGAAUCCUACGAUAUCAUCGCCAACCAGCCCGUCGUCAUUGACAACGGUUCAGGAGUAGUUAAAGCUGGUUUUGCCGGAGAUCAGAUUCCGAAGUACUGCUUCCCAAACUAUGUGGGCCGCCCGAAACAUGUCCGCGUUAUGGCUGGAGCACUUGAAGGAGAUCUCUUCAUUGGACCAAAAGCAGAGGAACACCGAGGGCUGUUAUCCAUCCGGUACCCCAUGGAACAUGGCAUUGUCCGGGACUGGAACGACAUGGAAAGAAUCUGGCAGUAUGUUUAUUCCAAAGACCAGCUGCAGACAUUUUCAGAAGAGCAUCCUGUUCUCUUGACAGAAGCCCCCCUAAACCCCAGCAAAAACCGGGAAAAGGCUGCAGAAGUUUUCUUUGAGACGUUCAACGUCCCUGCUCUCUUCAUCUCCAUGCAAGCUGUCCUCAGUCUUUACGCCACAGGCCGCACCACGGGCGUCGUGCUCGAUGCGGGCGACGGUGUGACGCACGCGGUGCCCAUCUAUGAGGGUUUUGCCAUGCCUCACUCAAUCAUGCGGGUCGACAUUGCCGGCCGGGAUGUGUCCCGUUACCUCCGCUUGCUGCUGCGGAAAGAGGGCUACGACUUCCACACCUCGGCCGAGUUUGAAGUGGUCAAGACAAUAAAAGAGAGAGCUUGCUACCUGUCCAUCAACCCUCAGAAGGAUGAAGCCCUAGAGACAGAGAAGGUGCAGUACACGCUGCCUGACGGAAGCACUUUAGACGUUGGUCCUUCCCGAUUCCGAGCUCCUGAGCUGCUUUUCCAACCGGACCUCAUAGGAGAUGAAAGUGAAGGGAUCCACGAAGUCUUGGUGUUUGCCAUCCAGAAAUCUGACAUGGACCUGAGGCGGACGCUGUUUGGGAACAUUGUCUUAUCCGGAGGAUCUACACUCUUUAAAGGUUUCGGGGACCGACUGCUCAGCGAAGUGAAGAAACUCGCUCCAAAGGACAUCAAGAUCAAGAUUUCGGCUCCUCAGGAGAGAUUAUACUCAACGUGGAUUGGGGGCUCCAUCCUGGCUUCGUUGGACACAUUCAAGAAGAUGUGGGUCUCCAAGAAGGAAUACGAGGAGGACGGCUCGAGGGCCAUUCAUCGAAAGACAUUCUAGGGCAGCGGGGACGGGGGUGGCAGCAGCAGGAGGCAGCAGCAGCUGGGGUCAUGUCUCUUCUCUUAAUCCUUUCUUGUCCAGGGCUGCUCCUUCCUUCCUUCCUUCCUUCCUUCCUUCCUUCCUUCCUUCCUUCCUUCCUUCCUUCCUUCCUUC